GCUUUUUGUUUGUCUGUCUUGUAGAACAAGUUCACAUCUCACAGGUCGCCUUUUAUCGAGCAAAUUCUCAGCAAAAUCAAAGAAGAGCCGGGAAAGUGAAAGCAAUUCUUCUCAGAUCAAUAGUGCUUUCACAAAAUCCCUCCAGUGAUUUCAUAUCUAAGUUGUUAAAAGAUGUCUCGGAGAUAUGAUAGCCGAACCACAAUCUUCUCUCCUGAAGGUCGUCUCUACCAAGUUGAGUACGCUAUGGAAGCCAUUGGAAACGCCGGUUCUGCAAUUGGAAUCUUAUCCAAAGACGGUGUCGUGUUGAUCGGUGAGAAGAAAGUCACCUCAAAGCUUCUUCAAACAUCAACCUCAACUGAGAAAAUGUACAAGAUCGAUGACCAUGUUGCCUGUGCCGUGGCCGGUAUAAUGUCUGACGCCAACAUACUCAUCAACACGGCUCGAGUCCAAGCUCAACGUUACACCUUCAUGUACCAAGAGCCCAUGCCAGUUGAGCAGCUGGUUCAAUCUCUCUGUGACACAAAGCAAGGCUACACACAGUUUGGUGGUCUUCGUCCGUUUGGAGUCUCGUUUCUUUUUGCAGGAUGGGACAAGAACUAUGGGUUCCAGCUAUAUAUGAGUGACCCGAGUGGUAACUAUGGUGGUUGGAAAGCUGCAGCCAUUGGAGCAAACAACCAGGCUGCUCAGUCUAUUCUGAAACAAGAUUACAAAGAUGAUGCAACCAGAGAAGAGGCGGUCCAGCUUGCUUUGAAGGUUCUGAGCAAGACGAUGGACAGUACGAGCUUGACAUCUGAGAAGCUAGAGCUUGCUGAGGUGUUUCUGACUCCUUCAGGGAAUGUUAAGUACCAUGUUCACUCGCCUGAUUCGCUCACCAAGCUGUUGCUGAAGCACGGUGUGACUCAACCCGCGGCUGAAUCAUCUUGAGAACUAAACUAUGGCCGAGUCUUAUCUCUGCUUGGUGCUGUGUCUCCUUUCUCUAUCUUUGUAGUUCUCUGUAUUACAUCUUUCCUUUUAGUUUGAACUUUGAAGUUAACUAUGGCGAUGAAACUGGAAAUUUUACAAUGUUAUGAAUUUAUCUGAAAGUAUUGGAGUUGAAGAUUUCAACUGUUAA